CACAGGUCCGGAGAGUGUGAUUGUCCCUGCAGGGCGCAUGAUGUCUUUCAUUAGUCUCAUUGCAGGGGGAGGGGAGCGCAAGUGCAGAGGAGAAGAGAGGGGAUUUAACGAUCAACCAGGAGACACCCAAAUAGCAUGCAAAUGGAGAAAAACGACAGAGGUGAGGAAGAGGAGGAAGAGCACAGGAGAGAGGCGGGUCGGUUGUUUAGUUUGUGUCCUGCUGGUAAGAAGUUCCGCAGCAAGCCUCAGCUGGUGCGUUACCUUGGCAACUCCAUGGACCUCAGUUCGUUCGAUUUCCGCACAGGCAAGAUGCUCAUGAGUAAACUGAACAAGAACAGGCAGCGGCUUCGCUACGACACUAACAGUCAAACAAAGGGAAAACCAGACCUGAAUACAUCUCUCCCAGUGCGACAGACAGCCUCUAUCUUCAAACAGCCCGUCACGAAAGUCACCAACCAUCCAAGCAACAAAGUCAAAACAGACCCACAGAAAGCUGUAGACCAGCCAAGACAGUUAUUUUGGGAGAAGAAGCUGAGUGGUCUUAAUGCCUAUGACAUUGCUGAGGAGUUGGUAAAAACCAUGGACUUACCUAAAGGUCUACAGGGAGUAGGACCUGGCUGCACGGAUAAGACCUUGCUGUCUGCGAUCGCUAGCGCCUUGCACACCAGCUCUUCUCCCAUCACAGGCCAGCUGUCGGCAGCUGUGGAGAAGAACCCUGGAGUUUGGCUGAACACGGCCCAGCCGCUCUGCAAGGCUUUCAUUGUUACAGAUGAGGACAUCAGGAAACAGGAGGAGCUGGUGUACAACGUGAGGAAGCGUCUGGAGGAGGCUCUCAUGGCCGACAUGUUGGCUCAUGUAGAAGAGGCUUCAAGUGGGGGAGAGGCGAUUAAGGAUGAGGGAAACUGCCAUGAUGACAAGGAGGAAGUAUAGCGAAGGGCAGCAAUACAUGUGUGAAACUACCUGCAUACAAACCUAUCAAGUCAACCAUCUAACGAGGACCAGAACUCCACCCGCUCCGCCAGAUCAGCUCGACUUCUUUACCAAGAUGCUCUAGUCCUGCUAUGAAGGACACUCAUCCAAACCCACUGGUUGGGAUUUCUUUCCAGGAACUGUCAGUUGGACCUUUUUUUAGUCAUUGUUUGAUUUUAUUUUUAUUUUUUUUCAUGUGUAUAAAAACAUUUCCAUAUUCCAGAGUUAAAAGUGGCACUUCUAUGUGUUUGGGUUGUGUCUGGGGGAGUGAUGUGACAAUCGGGGCGAACUUAAAUCUAAUUUAAGUCUAAUUAAGCAUGGAGAUCUCAUGAUAUAGUCGAGAAUAACUAUUCCUACAAAGAUGCAGGAUAGUGGGACGGGAAGAAAGGAUUGCGGUUAGUGUUGUACAAUAUAGAGCACUGUUGGAGGACUUUUGGAGGUUGGAUACAUUAAUUCUUCACAGUACAGUUUUGGUACUGUGAUCAAAAUCACAUCCCUCAUAUUCUCAAAUUUUGGCCGCUCGUUAAGAGAACCAUAGAACCUCAGCUAACUGAAUCUCACACGAGCUAUAGGAAACAUGAAAUGGUUUAUUUUGAUUCAUUUUUAAAUCCCCCCUUAUUAUUGAAUAUACAAAUUCAGUAUUGGUUACAGAGAUACUGUAAUGUGAGUUCAGUAUUGGAUUCUUUUUAAUUGCCUCAAGUAUGAGUCACAUGUUGUAUCAUACUGCCACAAAGGUUUUGUAGAUUUGUAUGCUUACAUUGGUGUAAUGACCUUAAUGAGUUCAUAAAUGUUUAUCUUGGGCACAAUAGUUUAGAAACGUACAAAACCGACUCGCACCACAGAUCUUCAUUUGUGUUUCAUCAGUCUGUGGUGUUCGUUCACAUGACUAAUGUUGGUUCAUUUGCUGUUCACAUUUUUCACAAUGAACUGGAUUCAAAUUUGAAUCCAGAUAUGAAUGGUGUCCCUAUAUAGUACUGCAAAUAAAAAUAAAAAGGAAAAAACAAUGAUUGUUUUUCUGAAUGAACGCACAUUGCUAAGUUGAAAAUACAUGUUUAAUUUGUUUUUGUUGUUGAAAAAUUCUAUGGUUUGAACAUAUGUACAUCAACUGUUGGAUUUUGUUUUUGGCAUUUUACAGAGUAAAGUGUUUCUGUAUGUUUGA